GGAAACCACUGACAAAUCAGUUCCAGUGUUGACUACAGAGGUGUGGGUGGGUUAGUAGAGGAGAGGAAGCCGGUAUAGGUUGUAAGUGGUGUAAACGUAAAUAAUAUGGUUUCUAUAAUACCACGAGUGUUUAGGGAGUCCCUUCCUGGACUACUACACCUGGGAAGUGGGUUCAGUAGACAGGAUGUUUUACGGACAGCUGCACCUGCUCUGCAGAGAGCGUACCAUGAAGUUACUGGUGAUGAACUUUGUCCCAAUAUGGUGCGUGGUAUAGAUCACCUGCGAGAUCCGAGGCUAAACAAGGGUUUAGCAUUUACCUUAGCUGAAAGACAGCGCUUAGGAAUUCAUGGGCUGAUGCCUCCAAGAUUCAAAACACAGGAAGAGCAGUUAGAACUCUGUAAAGUUAGUGUAGAACGAUACCAGGAAGAUCUGAACAAGUACUUGUACCUCAUUGAACUGCAGGAUCGCAAUGAACGGCUCUUCUUCCGGCUUCUAUCAGAAAAUGUGGAGCAGAUGAUGCCUAUUGUUUAUACUCCUACAGUCGGCCUUGCUUGCCAGAAGUUUGGUCUUAUUUACCGGAGAGCACGUGGGCUAUUCGUCACCAUCAAUGAUGCUGGACAUGUCUACAAUGUCAUCAAAAACUGGCCUGAAUCUGAUGUGCGAGCCAUUGUUGUGACAGAUGGUGAACGUAUACUUGGCCUGGGUGAUCUAGGUGCCUGUGGCAUGGGAAUUCCUGUUGGAAAACUUGCACUGUACACUGCUCUUGCUGGAAUCAAGCCUCACCAAUGUCUGCCCAUAACAAUCGAUGUAGGAACAAACAAUCAGCAAUUGCUCGAUGACCACCUCUACAUUGGCCUGAGGCAUAAAAGAGUGACUGGCGAACGAUACGAUGCCCUCAUUGAUGAAUUCAUGCAUGCUGUUGUGAGGCGCUAUGGCCAGAAUGUACUCAUCCAAUUUGAAGACUUCGGAAAUCACAAUGCUUUCCGUUUCUUGGAUAAGUACCGUAAUAAGUACUGUACGUUCAAUGACGACAUCCAGGGCACGGCAAGUGUAGCAGUUGCAGGUUUACUGGCAUCUCGCCGUCUCACCAAUACAAGACUCUCGGAUAAUACAAUUCUCUUCUUAGGGGCUGGAGAGGCAGCAAUUGGCAUUGCAGACCUUUGUGUUCAAGCAAUGCAGACAGAGGGAACCACUCUCCAAGAAGCAAGAGAUAAGAUCUGGAUGGUUGACAUUGAUGGUUUGCUAGCCAAAAACAGACCUGAGGGCAAACUGGAUGGUCACAAGGCAUAUUAUGCUAAGGACCAUGCAGCCACAAAGAGUCUUGCUGCUGUUGUGAAGGAGAUCAAGCCUUCAAUACUAAUUGGUGCAUCAGCUGCUGGAGGAGCCUUCACACCAGAAAUUUUGAAGGAUAUGGCAUCUUUCAAUGAGAGACCUGUUAUAUUUGCUUUGAGCAAUCCAACAAGUAAAGCUGAGUGCACUGCUGAACAAGCAUAUACAAACACAGAGGGCCGCUGCAUUUUUGCCAGUGGUUCUCCGUUCCCACCUGUACAGCUUGAUGGUAAAAUUUACUAUCCAGGACAAGGAAACAAUGCCUACAUUUUCCCCGGCAUUGCAUUAGGCGUUAUUGUCACAGGCAUUCAUCAUAUUGAGGAACAGCUGUUUCUUAUUGCUGCACAGACAGUGGCAGACCAUGUGACUGAUGCUGAUCUGGCUAAUGGAAGACUGUAUCCUCCUCUGGGGUGCAUAAGAGAGUGUUCAGUCAACAUUGCCACACGUAUAGCAGAGUAUGCAUACAAGAAAGGUACAGCAUCAGUAUACCCAGAGCCCGAGGACAAGCGAGCAGUAGUUUUGUCUGCUAUGUAUAAUCAUAAUUACGAAGAUGCACUACCUGAUGUAUAUCCAUGGCCUGAACUUCCUGCAUCCAAGAGUGUUACUAUAGAUAAGCCUACAAAAGCAAGGAGCAUAGAGUUGUAGGCCUAAGUAACAGAAAACCCACCAGCAAAGGUACAUCCAGCAUUAUAAAAAUAGGUAAAACCUGUCUGUAUUGACUGGAUAAAAAGCCACGACUUGGCCAACAGCAAUAUGGAAAAAUUUGUAAUGAAUGUUAAAGAUACUGAGGCUUAUUAAGAAUGAAAAAUGUAAAAGUGAGAAAAAUAAGAAACAGUAGCAAGGAAAAUAAGACAUUCUUUUGAAACACAUUGAUAUUUUCUCGUGUUGCUUUUGGUCCAGUUGCAGCCCAUACUUUGUUAAAAGUUUUUUAGCCAUCUUCCCUUUUCGGUAGCCUUGCACAGUUUAUAGCUUUCAUAGUUAUUUUUGUCUGUGAUUAUUUAUUUAUUUAUGUAUUUAUGAGUAUUAUUGGUGUUAAUACCAUUGUGACAGUUCUUCUUACAAUUUUGUUUGUUUGUACCGUCAAAGUCUGUUGCGUGUUUUUUUCGGUGAAUAUUAUAUAACUUUAAACCUUGCUAUAAUGUGUUAUUGGGACUAUUUUGGUAUUAGUACAUUUUUUACUCAGAAUUUAAUUAAUCUUAGUUGUUCAUCAACAGUGAAUUGCGUUAUUUACUAUCUGUCCCAUUGCGGUAAUAUUUCAUUGAACUGAUGUUUAAUCAAAAAAUACUACCCGUAAAUAUUUCCACUAAUAAGUAUCCCAUCCAUUUAUCACUUUGUUUAUGGAGUUGUGUGUUUGUGCAGGUAUAUACUUGUGUUUUGGAUUGAAGAAGAGAAUUCGAUGAAAGACAGACACAUAGUGCCUUUAGUCCUUUUUCUGGGUGUUUUUCCACAAUUUGUCUAUAUUGUCCACAUUAAAUUUUGUUUAAAAUUGACCCUCUGUAUGUUUUAAUUUCACUGUGCUUUAAUAAUAUAUUUUUCAAUAAAAAUAUAAACCAAUUACAUCACCUAAUUUAUGGUAAUUGGCACACCAAUGGUAAAAAUGUCUGGCAUGCUAUGUUUUCUCUUCUUACUGAAGUUAAGAGUUAUGAAGCCUGUGGCUUGGCAGAGGAAAAUAUUUCACCAUUUUGCAACGUUACACCAAAAUAUGGACAUUUUAUAUAUAUAUAUAUAUAAAAAAAAAACUUUUUUUAUUUAAAUAAAACAUCCAUAUUAUAUUGCACUGUUUCACGAAAUGUUCUAACCAAGAUUGGGUAGUUAAAUGAAACCAUUUCCGAAAUAGUGUAUUAUUGUGUAGUAGUGUUCUGCCAACAAAACUUUCUGAAAACCGAACAGUUACCCCAUGUAAUCUGCUACAGGUGAUUACAUUUUACACAUAAAUUUUAUUUUUGCAGUUACCUGUGCUGGCUAAUGAAGACCGAAUUUCCAGGAUACCUUGUAAAUGAAUAUUUUGUUAUCCUCAAUAGACAUACCGUUCCACCUAUUUCUUUAAAUGUUAUCUUUCAGUUUGGUAAUACAUUCUUCCAGUGUGUUUCAGUGGUACACACUCCUGAAACACUGUAUAUUCAGUGACUGUUACUCUUCCAUUUCUCACCAGCAAUCUACAUUCUUUGAUAGUCUUCAAGCACCCAUGCAAUUAUCAUUUCCCAACUCUGAUUCACAGGCAAGCUAUCUUAUUUCCUAAUUUUGUUGUUACUGAAUAUUAUUGUUUCUAUGUCUAGAUGGGUACAUGUGUCCAUCGAAUAGUGGAGAAAACACAAGAUGUGUGUUCGACAUUAUUAAUAUAUUUGCUCUCUGGUUCAUUCUGUCUCAGUUGCCUGAAUUUUGAUCUUUUGAAGUUCCAUUGUGUAUGCUUUGUUUCACAGUUUUACUAUUUUGUAUCAUUCAUAUUUCUAGCCCUUGUUCAUCGCAGAAACAUACUUGAAUCUGUUAGUUGUUGAUACCCGUUUGUUGUUUUGGAGUUGGAAUUUUUAUGUCAAAAUGUGUUAAUACUCGGUGCAUUCAACUGUAGUGCGCUAUUUUUGCACCCUCACUACUUCUUAUGAAAACAAAGAUUUGCUGUCAGAUCCUGUUAUAGACCUUUUUAAUGGUAGAACCUCUUUCUUUGCGAGACAAUUCUCACAGUUUUAUAUCAUUGGAAUCUACCAUUUUUUUUCAUUACUUCCAAGACUUUUCUAUGCAUAAAAAGUCUAUUGUGAGGUUCCUAUUUUCCCAGUCCUCCUCGGUUAUCAGUGUUAUAGAAAAAAUGUUUCUGCAGCACUUGCAUAUUUCUUAUUACCAUGUAUACUUCCUGUAGAUAGUACUCAUCAACCUUAUUGCCAUAGUGUUUCUGCUGUCAAGGCAUGUGAUUUUUACCCCAGCUGUUAAUCCCUCAUUUUUAUAUUAGUCAUUACACCCCAGUUGUUUUUGUUAGAACUCUCCUAAGUUCAUCACAUCAUUGCAAUAUUACCCUUACUAUUAUGCCAGAGUAAGUAAUGUUUUCACUUUCAGUUCCCUUUCCUCAGACAUGACUGGACAUUUUGUCAAAGUAAGUGUGCGUAUUCCUCCUUUUUUCCCAUGUAAAUGUAGCACUUGGUUUCCUGGGAUGCAGUACUUCUGUGGCUCAUUUAUAGUUUACUGAAACAGGAAAUUUUUGUCUUUUCGUUUUAUUAUUUUUUUACUGUUUGGACAAAUAAAAUUAAAAAAGAUUGUUAUUGAACUUAGUACAGCACAGUGAAAUGUAUUCUGAUGAAUAUGUUUAAGCAUGUCUAUGUGUUUGAGUGGAUCUCAGAUCUUGAAAGUUAAAUAUUCUUUUAGAAUUUCAGUUUGUAACCAGUGUUCAGCUGUCACUUGCAUGCCAGCUUCCCUUCAUUUUGUUUCUCUGGUAUUCCUCAUGAAUGAGAGUAUUUUUGAAUAACUGUUGUAACUGAGUCAUAAAUUUACAUCUCUGUGAAUGAAAAAGUGAAAAUUAUUUAUUUUAUGUGCUGAAAAGUGUGUGUGUGUGUGUGUGUGUGUGUGUGUGUGUGUGUGUGUGUGCGCGUACGUGCAGGUGCAUGCGUGCAUGAAUCUAAUCAUCUCUUUAUACAAAAACACAGUAUCAUGAAUCUGACCUGUCUUAAAAAUAUUCUUUCCACAUUUUCAUGCAGCUUUCUGCAAUUUUACUGACAAGAAUAUCAAAAAGGACUUUCCAUGGUAUGUUUGGAGGAAUUUUGGAGAACAUCAGAUUUUCAUACACUUUAUUGUACAUUAGUUGUCUGAUAUUGAUAACCAGACUAAAAGUUAAUCUCUGAUCUAUAAUUUCAAAAAUUCUGUUCCAAACCUGUCUUCAAAUAAAUGAAGCAUUAUCUUCAUUUAAUUUUCAUAAGUUACUGACCUUGAUGUUCACAUAGUGUUACCAUUGCAGAAUUUGAAACAAAUUUGUAUCUUACUCUUUGUGCAUGAAGAUGGUGGUCUUUAUGAAAUUGUGAUUCAUUUUUGUGAUAUCAUCUCAUUAAUGUUAAGGACAGUGUUUAAAAUAUAUUUUUAUUGUCUUGUAACUAUUUCUAUUGUGAUAGCAGUAUGUUAGUAACUGUUGAUAAUUGUGAUUAAAUAUGUGUUUAUAAUAAAUCCUUAAACAGAGAUAA